AAAAAAAAAAGAACCCGGCGGCCGUCGUCGUUUUUUAAACCAACCCGGUCGCCGCUGCGCUGAAAACUCGGCUUUUGUUGGCGAAGAAGAAGAAGAAGAAGAAGACGGCGAGAAUCCCAGCUAGUAAAACCCAAAGGCUGCUCUCUUUUUUUUUUAUUUUUGCUGUGGCUUGUCGAAAGGCGGGGAAUACAAAGCAGCGACGUGGGGCACCAAAUCCAUUACAUUUUUGGACUCGGAGAGGCAAAAAACGGGAUUACUACGAAGCCAGUUCGUGCAGCUGUGACUGGUCAGCGAUAGUACAUGGAUUAUCUGUGUUUUCGGGCACUGUGCUGUAAAGGACCCCCGCCACCCAGACCAGAGUAUGACGUGGUGUGCAUUGGCCUGACAGGUGCUGGAAAGACCAGCUUGCUCUCUCGCCUCUGCAGUGAGGGCAGCGACGGCAUCGUUCCCACAACAGGUUUCAGCAUCAAAGCAGUGCCAUUCCCAAAUGCCAUCUUGAAUGUAAAAGAACUAGGAGGAGCCGACAACAUCAAGAAAUACUGGAGCCGCUACUACCAGGGGUCACAGGGUGUAGUCUUCGUACUGGAUAGCGCGUCAUCGGACGAGGACCUCGAAGCGGCGCGUAAUGAGCUCCACUCUGCCCUGCAGCACCCACAGCUCUGCACACUGCCUUUCCUCAUCCUUGCCAAUCACCAGGACAAGCCUGCUGCGAGGACGCCAAACCAGGUCAAGAAGUACUUUGAGCUGGAACCGCUGGCCCGAGGAAAGCGCUGGAUCCUGGAGGGCAGCACCACCGACAACAUGGAGGCGGUGAAGGAGAGCUUCGGCCAGUUUAUUAGCCUGCUGGAGGACAAAGACACAGAGCCCGCAAGGAUAUGAUGCUAAUGCUGCUAAUGCUGAGAGACGUUAGCGGUUAACGACCACCACAUCCUGCCCAUGCACACACACACGCACACACACACACACACACUGAUGCACACACACACAAACACACAAGAAAACACGGCAGAUGUUGGCCUCUUUCUUUGAGAUAUGUAUAGUAUGUUAUCCUCCCUUCACCGCGGCCUCAUUUUUUCGGAUCGGAAGAGCGUGCACGAGCAGGUCCAGCCCGACGGAGGAGCGUCACCGUUAAAGCCACCCAGAGCCAAGCAGCUUGUCAAGAAGAAUCAUCGAACUUUGCCAACAAUGGAGAUCUCUUGUACCACCGUUUGUGCCGUUGUGAUCAAUCAGUGGCACUUGGGACGUAUGGCAUUCCUUUAGCUAGCGUUGGACACUAACACACACACACACACACACACACACACACACACACACACAGUGGAGCCCAGGUUGUCUGUAGAUAUGUUUAACAUCUCCACUAAUUACUUUGCAGGAUGUUUGGGUGGGCAUGGCUGAUGUUCUUUCCACUGAGAAGUACUGUAUGGCCGUCGAGCGCGCUUCUCCUUCUGACUCGGCAACAACGAUCGACGUUGUGUGAUUGGAGUGCAUAGUCCAAAGCCUCGUGUUAUGUACGGUAGUUACAUAUCGGUGUGUCGCACCGUGUCUGAAUAUCUUAACCUGAAUAGCGUAGUCUGAGUAUCUCAUGGAGUAUUAUGUACAUGCAGAGAAGCGUGUUGCCGUGUACCCUCCUGUGCAGCCAUACACAAGUACUACUAAUCAUGUGACUAAGUGCUAGGUGACUUUAUGGAGUCCGUUCGGAGAAAGUGGGAACAAGUUUGAAUGCUUUUAUAAAUGUGCAACUUAGGAUAUAUUUUCUAGCUCUGUAUGUUAGCCUCGUAGAGCUGCGUUGGGAUUUUUUAUAUGUCACACAUGCAUAUGCCACAACUAUGAAUUCUUUCAAAUCAAAGACCAAAAGAGAAGAAAGCUGAUGAUUGGCUGGGCUGGACGUAGCCGCCAGUAGAGCAACGUAACGGAUGUAGCUUCUCUUCUGUGUUCAGCAACUGUCAUGUUUGUUUGUUUUUGUUUUUGUUUAUUUUUUUUACAGUAUGUCUUUUCUUUUUGCAUUUGACAUAAUCCCUCUGAGCAGUGGCUCGUGACUGCAGCCUCCCAUCAGGGCGGAAUACAAACUAUCAAUCAGCCGCAGCAACAGCUGCAUCUGACAAGUCCCUGUCCGACACCCUAAUGCCUUCCAACUGUCUGGAGACCCCUCCCUGUCUGCUGCCCCACCUCGUCCCAGCCCGUCCCCACCGGCACAGCCCCUCCGCUCCCUGUCCACAUUACUGCUCUCUGUCCCAGACGCCAUGCUUCGGCCCGGCCGGCCUCGUGUGGACUCCACACCUCUCAAAUGUAUUCGCUGUGCCACAGGUGUGUGCGCUCGUCCCCGACAUAGCGGACGCCGUUCACGCCUCGUCCCCAUGUGCUUUGUAUCCGUGUCGUUCUUUUUGAUCAGUAUUUUUGUCAGGUUUUUAGAGAUAUGAUCACUUUUUGUACCUGAUGUGAGAAUUUGAGUGGAUCAGUGCAUUUGUUCGCUUGAAAUGCAAAAUAAAUCUGUUGACGAGGGA